AUGAGGAGGGAAUUUGACUUUCAGAGAGCCAACAGAGCGUCGUCACCCGAAACAUUCACCGGUUCAGUGGUUCUACGUAAAAAGAAGAGCAAGAAUGUGUAUGAUUUGGAAGAAGUACGAUUGACUCCUCAUCCUCCAUUGCAAAUUGGGACAGCACAGGAAGCUAAGCAUUAUGCUGCUACUUAUGCUUUAUUCAGGCCGCCGCCCCUGCUCAUCAAGCAUGGGAGUACGACCCUGAUCCCUUCGCUGCGAAGAAAGAAGUCGAGACUCGGCAAGCGAAACGAAAGGAGAAAGAAAGAGCUUCGGAGGAUGAAAAAAAUGCUCACCCAGCGCAUGGCUCAGGUAGCACAGGGGAUGAUGCAACGAUUUCCUACUGCUGUCCUUGAAGCAACUCGCGAUAUCUCUUCCAAUCCAUCCGAUCUACUUUCAGGAUCCGCUACCCCUUCCUUGGAUUUACCUAAUAUCGAGUCUCAGCUCACCACCCUUGGUUUUCGUCCAGCUCAUAUCACCUCGGCUUUGACAGCUUUAUCCGCUGCCAACGCUCGACUCUACUCUUCAUCUUCGUCUUCCACGGAUCCUCUCGUAUUGUCCCUCUCUAUUUUGUCGCCGCUUGAGGCUGCCAUAGAGUGGUUGCUUUUGCAUUUACCAGAGGAUGAUCUUCCACCUCGGUAUCGCACUACAUCUUCGGCUGGUGAUCUUGUCACUGGUGUUUCUGUAGGAGGAAAGGAACAAUUGGUGAAAGGUUGGUUGAUCGAUAAACUCACUAAAGGAGCUGGUUUCCCCAGAAAAGCAGUGGAGGAGGUAAUUCGGAAUGUCGAAGCGACCUCAAGUGCCUUGGAUAUACUCGGACGACGUCUGUGUGGCUGGGACGGAGACUGGGCUCCGGAAGCAUACGAACCGUGGGAUGGUCAUGAGACAGAAGGAGAAUCUCGAAGAUCAGCGAGAGAGGAAGAGAUGUUAACGUUGGAGGCGGUUUUGGGAGAGAGAUUCACCAUUCUCUCAUCUACAGAAUGUACAGUCGACAUCGAGUACGAAAGAGAUAACCUGACUUUACACUUACUGUUCGACGAUGCUUCUCCGUUUCCCUCUCCCACUCAUCCGACCUACCCACCGGCAUUUUAUUUGUCUUCGGACACCGUGCCCAGCUACAUGCGACUUCACCUACAUUCUCAGCUCCUAAGACAAUUUCGAGAUCCGGAGCGACAUGACUUCACUUCUGUGCUUGAAGCUGGGGCGGGUGGAGCUGUGCUGCUCAUGGUGGAACAUAUCGAAACGUUGUUACCGGACGUUCUCGCCAAUCCACCUGACCUGGGUGAGGUAACCCGAUUUUUGGUCCCACGUUUGGAAGAAAUCUCUCCGGCGAUCCCAAAGUCGGACGGACCAGGUCGAUCGAAGCCAGAGAUCAGGAGACAUCGUCACCAAGCCACGUCUGCGGACGAAGCUUCUGUGCAGAAACGUCACCAAGCCAUGUCACAGGAUCCUGCAUAUAAGAAAAUACUGGACGAUCGCCAAAAGCUUCCGGCUUGGAAGGAACGACACAAUAUCACCUCAGCUUUGGAUUCCAAUCGCGUAAUUUUGGUCGUGGGUGAAACUGGGUGCGGAAAGACCACUCAACUACCUCAAUUUAUCCUCGACCAUGAAAUCUCUCAAAAUAGGGGUAGCAAAACGAACAUUAUCGUCACUCAACCUCGACGAGUGGCAGCUAUGGGUGUCGCUCAACGAGUCGCUUAUGAAAGACUUGAAGAUCUCGACAAAGCUACCGGCACUGUCGGUUACGCUAUUCGAGGAGAAAGACGUGCUUCUUCAGAUACCCGUCUGUUAUUCUGUACCACCGGAGUGGUCUUACGUCGCUUGGGUACCGACAAAGAUUUGGGUGGUGUAAGUCAUGUGAUCGUCGAUGAAGCGCACGAAAGAGGGGUAGAUACCGAUCUUUUGAUCUGUCUGUUGAAAGAAAUCUUGGAAAGGAAUAAAACUCUCAAAGUUGUUAUAAUGUCCGCUACAAUUAACGAGCGUAUUUUCAUCGAUUAUUUCAAUGGUUGUCCAAGUUUAUCCAUACCUGGAUUCACCUAUCCUGUGAAAGAUCACUAUCUAGAAAAUGUCAUUCCCCUUUUACCUAAUCUUCAACCGACUCAACAACGUUUCGGAUCUAAACAAACGGAAGAACAGAAGAUAUCCAUUCGAGCUGAUUUCGAAAAACUUUCACUUGAUCCGAUUUCUCAACGUACUCUUGAAAUCCUUUCUCAAUCCGACCGAAUAGAUUAUAACCUCAUUUCUGCCGUGGUAACACAUAUCAUAUCAAUUUCGGAAGAAGGUGCAAUCCUUAUUUUCUUACCUGGUGUGAUGGAAAUUCGACAAUGUAUUUCAAACCUUUCUUCAGCUUCAAUAGGACAAGUGGAAAUAUUACCUUUACAUGCUAAUCUAACUUCAACAGAACAACGUAGAGUAUUUUUAUCAACAGGAAGAAAAAGAAAAAUAGUGGUUAGUACGAAUGUAGCGGAAACUUCUGUGACUAUACCGGAUGUGGUUUUCGUGAUAGAUACUGGAAGAGUUAAGGAAACGGAUUAUGACGUUAUGACGGGGAUGCAAAAAUUAGAAGAAGGUUGGACUAGUAGAGCUUCUGGAAGACAAAGAAGGGGAAGAGCUGGAAGGACAAGAGAAGGUGAAUGUUUCAAAUUGUAUACUAAAAGAACGGAGGAAAAGAAAAUGAUGAAGUUUUCAAAACCGGAGAUGUUGAGAGUUCCUUUGGAAAUGGUCUUAUUACAGGUUAAAGCUAUGGAUGAGAAUAUUGAUGUGGAGGCUUUUUUGUUAAAAGCCAUUGACCCACCUAAGCUACACGCAAUCUCAACAGCAUGGACCACCCUGAUCGAUCUCGGAAUCGUCCUCUCCUCUUCUCCCUCUUCCCCUCUGACAGCAUUAGGUAAACACAUAUCCUCCAUUCCUGUAGAUCUUCGUCUAGCUAAAAUGCUGGUUUUAGCCGUUAUUUUCAAAGUCCUCGAUCCCAUUCUCACUAUCACAGCUCUUCUAUCUUCAAAACCACUCUUCAUUUCUCCUCUUGAUAAUCGUGAUACCGCUCGAACAGCUCGUGAAAAAUUCUCCACUGGUCGUUCGGAUUUAUUAACAGAUGUCAAAGCUUAUUCUGCUGCUAUGGAAUUGAGUGGUAUGGAACAAAGAAAGUUUUGCGAAGAGAACUUUAUCUCUUCUUCGACUGUGAGGGAUGUGAGAAGUUUGAGAGAAGAUUUUAUAGGGGCUUUACAAGGAAUAGGGUUUUUAGGAAGAAAAGGAGAGAUUGAAAAGUUUAGUCAGAAUGGGAAAUUGGAGGGUUUAGUAAAAGGUGUAGUGGUUGGAGGUUUGUAUCCUCGUAUAGCUAGGAUUAAUAUGCCUAAAGCGACUUAUGAGAGGGUACAACAAGGUGCUGUGUUGAAAGAUCACGAAGCUAAAGAAGUUAAACUCUUUGAUCCAUCCGGUCGUGUCUUCCUUCAUCCUUCUUCGAUAUUAUUCACCGAAUCAGGCUUCAAACCAGGUUUCAUAGCGUAUUUUUCAAAAGCUGAAACUUCAAAGGUUUUUCUACGAGAUGCUACAGAAGUCCCUCUCUAUUCACUGCUUUUAUUUGGGGGUCCACUCACUAUCAACCAUUUUGCAGGUGGAGUACUCAUAGGUAAAGAAGGUCAUAUAAAACUUCGAGCUCAACCUAGAGUAGGAGCUCUUUGUUCUCAGUUGAGAAGAUUGUUGGAUGCUCAAUUGGCUGAAACUGUCGAAAGUCCCGAUGGAGUAGAAGGAUUGAGUAGUAAAGAUGGGGAAGGUGUGGUGAAUGCUAUGAUGGCACUUUUGACAAGGGAUGGAUUAUCUCAGUGAUGUUCGUCUUCAUGUUUUCUGCCCUACUACAAUACUUUCCAAUUAUAAUCACUCCAGCUUUGUCAAAUCCUCUUCCGUGUCAAUUUCCAGCAAGCGGUAUCACUGGUAUUUCCUCAGAUCCUGGGGUCAUGACGUCCUCUCUCAAGGAUGACUGGAUAGAUAGCGACGAAAGCUUAUCACUUGUCAUUGUGCAUAUUCUGAUUUAGACAUGCAUUGCAUAUAUCAU